GAAGAUAGGUUGGUUUGGUGACAAUGAAGUUGUUCCAUAUUUCUUGUGUGAACUGAAAUAGUAGUGUUGGGAUUUGAAAGAUGUUUGGGAGUGUGAGGGGUCUGUUUGAGAAGGGGCAUAAGAUAAAAGGGACAGUGGUGUUGAUGAGAAAGAAUGUGUUGGACUUCAACACCGCCGCUGAACUUACAAAAGCAAAUGUCGGCGGAAUCCAAAGCUCCGGCUUCAAGGUUGUCGGUUCAACACUUGACAACCUCACUGCUUUCCUAGGCCGAAGUGUCUCUCUCCAGCUCAUUAGUGCUACCAAGCCUCAUGCAAAUGGAAAAGGAAUAGUUGGAAAGGACACGUUCUUGGAAGGGAUUAUCAUCUCGUUACCAACUUUGGGAGCAGGAGAGUCUGCAUUCAAUAUUCAUUUUGAAUGGGACGAUAGCAUGGGAAUCCCAGGUGCAUUUUACAUAAAGAACUACAUGCAAGUUGAGUUCUUCCUCAAGAGUUUGACCCUCGAAGACGUUCCAAACCAUGGAACCAUCCGUUUUGUUUGCAACUCCUGGGUUUAUAACUCUAAACUUUACAAAAGCCCGCGCAUUUUCUUCGCCAACCAUACUUAUCUUCCAAGUAAGACACCAGCACCACUUGCCGAGUACAGAGAAGAAGAGUUGAAGAACCUAAGAGGAGAUGGAACAGGAGAACGCAAGGAACAUGAUAGGAUCUAUGACUAUGAUGUCUACAAUGAUUUGGGGAAUCCAGAUCGGGAUGAAGACCUUGCUCGCCCCAUUCUUGGAGGCUCUACCACCCAUCCCUACCCUCGUAGGGGAAGAACUGGUCGAUAUCCAACAAUUAAAGAUCCGAAUUGUGAGAAACCAGGCGAAGUUUAUGUUCCAAGAGAUGAAAACUUUGGUCAUUUGAAGUCCUCGGACUUUCUUAUAUAUGGAAUAAAAUCGUUAUCCCGAUAUGUGUUACCGGCGUUCGAAUCUUUGUUCGAUUUAAACUUCACACCACAUGAGUUCGAUAGCUUCCAAGAUGUGCGUGACCUCUGUGAAGGUGGAAUUAAGCUUCCUACAGAUGUAAUUAGCACAAUUAGCCCCUUACCAGUUAUCAAAGAACUCUUUCGUACAGAUGGUGAACAAGUCCUCAAGUUUCCAACACCUCAUGUCAUUCAAGUGAGUAAGUCUGCGUGGAUGACUGAUGAAGAAUUUGCAAGAGAGAUGAUUGCUGGUGUAAAUCCUGGCGUAAUUCGUGGGCUUCAAGAGUUUCCUCCAAAAAGCAAUCUGGAUCCUGAAAUCUAUGGUGAUCAAACCAGUAAGAUAACAGCAAAUGUCCUUGAUCUAGAUGGAUGCACUGUGGAUGAGGCACUUGCUAGGAAGAGGUUAUUUGUAUUAGAUUACCAUGAUAUUUUCAUGCCAUAUGUGAGGCAGAUAAAUCAAACUUAUGCCAAGGCUUAUGCCACAAGGACUAUCCUCUUUUUGAAAGAAAAUGGAACUCUAAAACCAGUGGUCAUUGAAUUAAGUUUGCCACAUCCUGAUGGGGAUAAGUCAGGUGCAGUCAGCCAAGUCAUCUUACCUGCAAAAGAAGGUGUUGAAAGUACAAUUUGGCUUCUAGCCAAAGCUUAUGUGGUCGUAAAUGACUCUUGCUAUCAUCAACUCAUGAGCCAUUGGUUAAAUACUCAUGCGGUGAUGGAGCCAUUCAUCAUAGCAACACACCGACACCUUAGUGCGCUUCACCCAAUUUAUAAGCUUCUAACUCCUCACUAUCGUGACACCAUGAACAUCAAUGCACUUGCUAGGCAACUUCUAGUUAAUGCUGACGGCAUAAUAGAGAAAUCUUUUUUGCCCUCAAAGUAUUCUGUGGAGAUGUCUUCAGCGGUUUAUAAUAACUGGGUUUUCACUGAUCAAGCACUACCUGAAGAUCUUAUCAAGAGAGGAAUGGCAAUUAAGGAUCCAUCUGCCCCUCAUGGACUUCGUCUUCUGAUAGAGGACUACCCUUAUGCUGUUGAUGGACUACAGAUAUGGGAUGCAAUUAAGACAUGGGUCCAAGAAUAUGUCUCAUUGUACUAUGCAAAAGAUGAUGAUGUCAAAAGUGACUCCGAACUCCAACAUUGGUGGAAAGAAGCUGUGGAGAAAGGUCAUGGUGAUUUGAAAGACAAGCCAUGGUGGCCAAAGUUGCAGAAACUUGAAGAGCUUGUUGAAGUUUGCACCAUUAUCAUAUGGACUGCUUCAGCCCUCCAUGCAGCUGUUAAUUUUGGUCAAUACCCUUAUGGAGGUUUCAUUCUGAACCGCCCAACUACUAGUAGAAGGUUGCUUCCUGAGCAAGGCACUGCAGAAUAUGAAGAAAUGGUGAAGAGCCAUCAGAAGGCUUAUUUGAGAACAAUUACAUCAAAGUAUCAGACUCUCAUUGACCUUUCAGUCAUAGAGAUCUUGUCAAGGCAUGCUUCUGAUGAGGUCUACCUUGGCCAAAGGGAAAAUCCACAUUGGACCUCUGAUUCAAAAGCAUUACAAGCCUUUCAAAAGUUUGGCAACAAGCUGAAAGAAAUUGAGGAAAAACUUUCAAGCAAGAACAAUGAUUCAAGUCUGAGCAAUCGAGUUGGGCCGGUUCAAAUGCCAUACACUUUGCUUCAUCCUACCAGUAAUGAAGGGUUGACUUUUAGGGGAAUUCCUAAUAGCAUCUCUAUCUAAGGGAGUGUUAUAUAUGGUUUACUAUAAUACAUUAUACGAACCUUCCAAUAAAUAAUAUGCAAGGCCAUAGAUCCAAAUCUUGCAUCUUAUCGAAUGAUGUAAUAAUCGUGUGUUUAAAUGCUGUAAUUGAGCCCUCAACUUGGUUGUGGUUUGCAAAUAAAUGAAUAAUAAGAGCACUCGUUGAUACUGA